UCACUAGUGUGUGUGCCGCCGUACUCCCCUUGGAAAGUUGCGACUUUUUACACGAGCUUCUGACCGACAGGGUCGCUGCAAAACCCCGCAAGACUUCACACAUGUGGAUCAUCUCUUUCCUGGGUGGGAGUUAAAGUCAAAUAACCCGGAGGUUUUACAGGAGAAAAAACAUCCAGGGUGGUGUCUGGAGAUUCAAAAAUCAAACUUUUUUUAAUGCUGGUUGGAACAUGUUGUUUUUGUUUUUUAUUCUUUGAAGCGAAAGGAAAGAGAAAGUUGGCUGAAACCCCGGAGCCACCAUGCCGGGGGAUGGUGGCGUAUACGCGGUGAAGAAGAGGAAGAAGCCCGCUCAGAAAAUUGCGAAGCCUCCGCCUGUGAAGACCAAUCCGUCCAAACGCCACCGGGACCGUCUGAAUAUAGAGCUGGACCGUCUGACCAGCCUGCUGCCUUUCUCCGAGGAGGUCAGAGGUCGUCUGGACAAACUUUCUGUGCUCCGGCUCAGUGUGGGAUACCUCAAGGUUAAGAGUUACUUCCAUGCGCUCCAGAAGAACGCGAGGUCCGCUCCUCUUGUCUCUGCAAACAACAGAAAAGGACAGUCUGAGUCCCUGGACGGAGUCAGUUUCUCAGAGGGAGAACUCCUUCUCCAGGCUUUAAAUGGUUUUGUGUUGGUUGUGACGAUUGAUGGCACGAUCUUCUACACAUCCCCGACCAUCCAGGACUUCCUGGGCUUCCAUCAGUCCGAUGUGGUCCACCAGAGUGUGUACGAUCUCGUUCACAUGGACGACAGAGAGUUGUUCAAAUGUCAGCUCCACUUCGCCCUCAACCCGAGCGAGACCGACUCAGACAUGAGAGCAGAAGAUGGGCAGCCUAGCAGCAAAGCCUCGAGCAGUUGUGUGAGCCUGUUGCCUCAGUACAUCCCUCCAGAGAACUCCUCUUUCCUGGAAAGAAGCUUCUGCUGUCGCCUUCGCUGCCUCCAGGACAACACCUCUGGAUUCCUGGCUUUAAACUUCACCGGGCGUCUGAAGUACCUGCAGGGAAACACAGAGGCUGAUGGGACUGUGGCUCCUCCUCAGCUGACUCUGUUUGCCAUCGCCACACCUCUGCAGCCUCCUUCAGUCAUGGCGAUCCGGACUAAGACCUUCCUCUUCCAGACUAAACACCGAAUGGACUUUGCUCCUGUGGGCAUAGACACCAGAGGGAAGCUGGUUUUAGGAUAUUCAGAGGUAGAGUUGGUCACAAUAGGCUCUGGCUAUCAGUUCAUCCACGCUGCUGACAUGAUGUACUGCGCUGACAACCACCUCAGGAUGAUGAAGACUGGAGACAGUGGCUUCACGAUCUUCAGGCUGCUGACCAAAACAGGACACUGGUUGUGGGUUCAGGCCUUUGCCAGGAUAGUCUUCAAGGGAGGGAGACCAGACUUCAUCAUCGCUCGUCAGAAAGCCCUCACAAACGAAGAAGGAGAGGAGCACUUGCACCAGAGAAGACAGCAGCUCCCAUUCAACCUUGCCACCGGUGAAGGCGUCCUGUACGACAUUUCCCUGGAUGCCUUCUCCAUGCCUGGUCCUCCUGGCUCCGGUGCACCGGGCACCACGGAGCCCACAACAGAGAAACCUUUGGACCCCGCCUCCCUUCUGGGAUCCCUUCGCCGGCAGGACCACUCUGUUUACACCCAGCCACAGAAACCCAGUCCCCAGCUCCCAAUCUUCACCCAAAUAGAGGACCUUGAUUUCCAACAACCCUUGGAACAAGCCUUCCUGGACAGCCAUGCUCUGCUCAGUGUGCCGGGCCAGAUCCAGGCUUCACAGCAGACGUCUGUCACAGGGGACCUGACAUCGAAAGCCAUGAUUAACUCGUUGGAGCAGAUUUUGGGGGAUAUUGGGGAUGGAGGGAUACAGGGUCUUGACGUUGAGGAGACAGAGCUGAGGGACUGGGAGAACACCAUCGACAGGAUGAAGAGGGAAGACGCAUCAAGGGAACUAAAUCACAUCCUGGCCAAUGACGUGUUCUCAUAUGUGGAGGAGGCUCUGAAGAGAGAUACUGGUAGGUAUGCGCAGGGUUCAGAUCAGACUGGGCCUCAUGUUUCUGGGAACAGUUUAUCCAUUCAAGGACAGCAUCCUGGGUCUGUGUUUUCAAGGAAUGAGCAUCAGUGGCAGCCAAUGUCGGACAUGAAAUCUGGAUUUGCAGAGCAGACUCUGUUGGGGGAUGUUCUCUGUGAUGUUGGUUGUUCAACUGGACUAAAAGAAGCCUCUCAAGUUGUGUCUCACAGGGCGGCGCACACACUGACACCCACACAGUGUCGUAACACUCACCAGGGACACACCUCUCGAUCGUGGCCUCCAAGCAGCAGCAAUCACCACUGUGGCAACCAACUGAUUUCAACACAAUCCUGCCAUGCUGUUCAUUUACAGCCUGACGUGACAACGAGCCAACAGUCUUGGCUUACAUCUGUACAAAACACCAACAAUAUCCACAGCAGCCUUCAAUCUGGCUCGGAGGUGACAGACCAAAGUGUACGAUAUACGCCAAACCAAACUGGUUCACAGCAGACUUACAUGGGGCCGCAGCUUCAGAGCCCUUCUGUGUGGCAACAACAGCAGCUGCCGCAAAGUUUUCACCAUCACGCACUGACACAUUCCUCACACACACCAGGCGGCGUGAACUCAACAGCUCAGUCACUCCAGCCGCAAAUGCAGCGAUUAUCUGGCAGCUGCAUGUAUGAAAAAAGAGAAGGUCACAUACCGAAUGCUGCUAAUGUUCCUACCAGACAGAACGGGCCUCUCCCGGUACCUACGUGCUCCAGAGGACCCACACACGUUGUAGGGACGACCACAAUGGCUCCCUUCACCCUGUCCCAUGGGGACAUGGCAGUCGGGGUCUUCAACCAGCGGAUGAUGCAGUCGCCCGGUCCCAACUCUCACGUGGUUGCCUGUACAGAUGUGGGCGACAUCAGUUUGGUUCAUCUGAGUGGAGACAACACUGGCCUGGGAGCAGCCCGGUCAGAUUAUCCUCCUCAUAAUUGAAACAUUACAGUCGUCGUUCUUCUGUUGGAACGGUGAAGCUCAGAUCCCCAAAGUUACGCUGAACGCCGUUGUUGACCCGUUUUCCUUCCCUGCCCUGCCUACUGGGAGCAUCAACCUUACCCAAAACACCGGCCCAUAGCCGCUCAGAGACUCUGACUGUAAUGACAGAUAAGCACGAGUGUGAUGAAAGCACUUCUGAGAUUAUUCCUAUAAACAAAUGAAGAGAUGAUGAGGAGUUUCCCUUCUUGGAUAUCUAUAUUUUAUAGAUGUUAUGUUAUAUGAACCUUCUCAUUUCAAACUCAAAAACCUUUGCUGCAUUACAGUCUUUUGCUGAUGAUGUAUGUCCAGUCUCUGGGCUUUUGUUGAGCCUUGACUCUUCAAAUAUUUAUCAAACAACCUUAUCCAAUAAUUAGCUUUUUACACAUAUUCAUGCUGCAAGUAAGUGUCCUGUCAGCAGAAUGGAAGCAGGACCCAACAGGAUUUAUUGCAAGUGGAGACCAGAAGAAAUCUUGAUUACAGCUUUUCUGUAUCACGUGAAGUGUGUGGAAUAAAGAAAAUGUACAACUGCUCUUCAUACGGAGGACCAUUUCACAUCAGUUUAACUCGUCCUACUGUACAUCACAGUGUGACUCUGUGAACUCCCUCAUCUGUAAACCUUUAUGUGGUUCUUUGAGAGGACGCAUCAUAGACAAAGAGGAUUUUUUAGGUCAGGUCACGCACCUUGUAAUAUCAUUCAUUUCUUAUACUUAGCUUUAAAAGUAAAGCAAAUGUUCGUUUUCAUUAAUAUAAAGUAAAUGCAGCUUCUUAUUAUCAGUGAACCCAACCAAAAGGGAGUUAAUUAGCUUUAAAGGGUUCACACGUCCAUAUGUACAGUGAACCAGUUUCUGCCUGCUGUAAUUGUACUGACAUGCUUCCAAUGUAAGUGAUGGGGGACAAAAUCCACAGCAAAAAAUAUAUUCAAAAGUUUAUCUGAAGUUAAAAUGAGGCUUCAUCAAUCUGAGUUACACAGCGAGUAUCUUCCAAAGUCUUUUUAGUACAAAAUUCGCUCUUUGUGUUGGUAUCCCUCCACUGCAGCUCAGCAAAGAAACACAAAGAGGGAAUUUUAUACUAAUCAGGCUGUAACUUUGGAAGAUAUCCACUAGAUUUGUCUAAGACUGCUGAAGCCUCAUAUUAACUUCAGAUAAACUUUGGAACAUAUUUUUAUGUUUAUUCUUAUGGAAAAACAUGCACGGGGAGCCCUGCGCAGUGCCUGCAGUCAGCCUGCCUCUCAGCACCAACAACCUCCACCAGUAAGGUGGGGGAACAUGUAGCCUAAGAUGCAAAACCUGAGGCAAAAAAGUCUCACAAAUCACGCUUCUAAUCACUCCCAGUCAGACAGACCAAGUGAGGCUCUUCUAAACUUUGUUUCCCUGGAUAGUGUUUCCCUCUUGAGCUGCAGUGAAAGGAUGGAAACAAAAAGUAACUUUAGAAGAAGUCCACUCGAUUUGUUUAGCCUCAUAUUGGAUAAACUUUUGAAUACAUUUUUACACAAAACGACGACUGUGGAUUUUGUCCCCCAUCACUUACAUUGGAAUCAUAUUAGUAAGGGAUCUUUAAAUGGCCAGUGUGAACAGGAGGAAUAAUUACAGCAAGCAAAAACUCCGUCAAUGUACAUAUGGACACCUGAUCAUUGUUUAAAGAAAGACUUUAAAAUUUGUGAACCUUUCCUUUAAUUAAAUCUAAUAGUUUUUAUCUGCAAAGACGUUGUUUGGCUUUGAUUCAGCUGUGAAACUAAAGAGUGAAAUGUAGAAACUAAUCUUUUCCCAACACUAACGCAGCUCUGUGGAAAGAAAUGUGACGCGGAAGUUAAGAUGUUCCACAUCUGACCAUUUAGACUCGCCAAUUAUCUGGCAAUUUUAAAAGAACUACAAUAUAAUUUUGUUUUGUAUCGAAUAAGCAUGUUAGGCAUGAAACGCGCACAAUGCGGUAUUAAAAUACUGUAAAAUCUAUUUAACUUGAGCAUUUUUCCCUCUUUGUGUUUAUUAAUGUACAGUAUUUUUUAUAUAUUUUCUAUGGUUACAACUGUGUUCAUUAUCUGUUUAUACACCAACAUCCAGUUACGGAUGCUUCACAGGAGAAGUUAUAACUAAGUAAUAAAGACUUAAAAAGGUCCUUAUAGCUUACAACUACAUUAGAGUGAGUUGUAGUUUGUUAUAAAGCAUUUAUUAAUUGUUUAUGUGCCGAUACUGCUUGUAGAUGCUAAAUUAUAUUUAAACUUAACAAUGAAUUGGUGGAUGAAUCUUCUACAAUAAUCAAACUGGAGAUUAAUUGUGUGCAUGAGGGUAAUGGAUUAAUUAAAGGACUUAAAGGUAAUUAGGGCUGCACAAUUAAUCACAAUAUUAUCGAAAUCAUAAUAUGGCAAAGUGCAAUAUCCAAAUCGCAGAAGCUGCAGUUUUUUUGAUAAAAAGGUCAACUGUGUGACAAACCAGCUUCAUAAUGAAGUACUGAAGGGCUGCAGAGAUACCCUGGCCUAUAAAUCUUGUUCGCCAGAUGAAAAUUGUGAUGCAAAAAUGAUCGUUCCCACUAAUCGUAAAUCAUAUCACAAUCAUUAUUUCUGUCAAAUGUUGGCUUUUUUUAACAUAUUGUGCAGCCCUAGUUGCAACCAGUAAUAAAUAAAUAAAUUAUUUCUAAUGUUUUCAUUUCAGAAUAUGGGAGAUAUGGCAGCUCUGGUGCUCAAUGUGAACAGAUCUAAACUAGGGAGUCAGAACUAUAAUAACAUACUGUAUAUUUUCAGUUUAAAUCAUGCGUCCAUCUCAGCUGAAUCAAAGAAGAACUUGCCUUGACAAUUAAUAUCAUAUUCAUAAAGUAAAAUGUGCACAUUUUUGCAUUUUUGCCCGUAGGAGAUUGCCAUAUUAUUGUGCUUCUGUAAUUACAGGUAAUGUUACACUCUGUAGCUGCUUUGUAUUCCUUGUGUACAAGAUAUAACAGUUGGGGACAAGUCUAAUUUAUUUUGCCAUUAAAGCUGUAACCCCCUCA